UGCGCCCUCAACAACUGCAUUUACGCCAUGGGGGGGUACGACGGGACGGACCAGCUGAACAGCACGGAGCGCUACGAGGUGGAGAGCGACACCUGGACCUUCGUGGCCCCCAUGAGGUGCCGCCGCAGCGCCCUGGGGGUCACCGUCUACCAGGGCAAGAUCUACGUCCUGGGGGGCUACGACGGCCACACGUUCCUGGACUCGGUGGAGUGUUACGACCCGGUGACCGACGCCUGGACGGAGGUGACCAGGAUGACGUCGGGGCGCAGCGGGGUGGGGGUGGCCAUCACCAUGGAGCCCUGUCGCAAAAACCCCCCCCAGGAACGAGCCGAGAGACCCCACUGUCCCUGCUAACCCCGGCGCCGCCGUGGGGGGGGUUAAAACCCCCCCAAAACCCCCCCCGAGGGGAUGAAGGGGGUGUGGGGGGGUUUAUUUUCCCCCCACGGCGGCCAAAAAAAUGGGGUGUAAUUGGGGGGGAUUUGGGGUGACACCAUCAACCCCCCCCCACCCCAACAAAUCACCGGACUGGACUCUUGGCCACACAGAUGAUGGGGA